GCUGCUAUUUGGAAACAAAAAAGUUUUUAGAGCUGAUGGCAGCGUGUGUGUGUGUUUGUGUAUGUCAUGUGAUCAUUGGAUCCUUCACCUGAAAGAUGAAGCAUGAAUUUUAUUCAGAGCUUCAUCAUCUCUCCUUUCACUUUCUAAAAAGGAAAAACCUAUUCUUGAAAUCAGCCGAACAAUUUGAGAGACUAAACAACAAAUGAUGGAAAAAGCAUUCAACUCUUUUAUAAGUGCCAUUCAAACCAGUAUGUAACCACGUCGCCUCAAGCUAUUAGUUUAACAAUAGAGAAGUUUCAUUUGAAUCUUUCUGAAGAUGACAGAAAACUUGUACGAGACGAAUCAAUUUACAAACCACACCAACGGGACCUAUUUGUUCCAGCACAGCCCAAGCACAUUGGGUGCACCUCACUAUGGUGUACCAAACAUAAACUCGAUCCAAUCAUCUCCAAUGUCUCCUCGACUCAGCCAUGAGUCGCUAACAUCUCCUGGCACUCCAGGACAUGAACUUUCUCCAUUGCUUGAGAUGCCAAACAGUGGUGGGACUUGGGAAUAUAAUCAGUUUGGAAGGACAUCAUCAUGGGGUUCUUCUUCUCACGAAGAACUACCAGAGACGUCUCGAAUCUAUCCGUUUAACAUCACGUGUCAGAACAUCUCAUCAAUGACCUGCAAAGACAACGGUAGUAUUUCUCAUCCUCAAAGGCUAGACUCGUUCUCAAAGGCCUUCCCUACUAAAAACGUUCAACUUCUCUUUGACGAUAGCAACAGGACAAAUGAUAAGCACCCAGAAAAUCACAUUUCAGGGGUUUUGCACAUGCCUCAAAGUCUCCCAGAAGGAUCGGACAGGCAACCUUUGGAGUCUCCAGUUUUUAACCCGAUGGUCAUUCAAGGUCAAUGUGAUCAGACCGGCUUCCAUCCAACAGAAAGCCAAAACUCGAUGCACAGCCUUUACCCGAACCAUCAACAGUUUCAUUAUGGAUACCAGCAACACAAGCAGAAAUUAAACAACAUGGAGCAGGUAAACAGGAGCCUCCAAAAACCACAGAGCUCUUGGCAUGGCUAUCAAAGCCACCCAAUGCCAUAUCCAAUGGCCUUGAAUCAACAACAAAGAGGGAUUUUUGCACACAAAACUUACCUGGACUCUCAAGAACCUGCUCAAUCGCCAACCUAUGACCACCGUCAAGACUUCAAAGUCCCGGAGCAGCAGAUUUUCCAUUACCAAGACCAACAACAUCUGCGUUCGCUUUCCCAACCCAGCAAUCCUUACCUCGCGCAAGAUCACGUCCAAUCAAUCCCUGCAAAGCAAAAUAACAUGUUUAGCGAUGCUCGUCACUCUUCACCCAACACACCGGUGUUCUCGAGUCCCAAAGAAGAUCAAUCUGGUUUCAACUUCCCCCACCGAAAUGAAGACCUCUGCAGUCCGCUCUACCAAAACAAGAGCUCAGGGGUUUGUAAAACUCUUCCACAGAUGACUAUGAGGGGAGAUAUUUUUCAUCAUGUCACUGCACAUGCUCCUCAGUGGUCAAAGGCUCCUUCACCAGAUUUUCAAGAUGAGUCCAUUUCACCUCAUUUCAGAUUAGAACCAGAGUUGUCGAGAGAGGAUGGAUCUCAUGCAAAGAUGAGAUGCACUGUUUGCCACAGGGAGUUCAAAAGUCUCCCGGCUCUGAAUGGUCACAUGCGCUCUCAUGGAGGACUGCGGACACACCCCACAUCCCUCAAAAUGAGAGACGGGCACAUUCUGUCUGAGGCUGCUCAAAGCAACCCCAUCAUCUUACCAGUGUCAGUACCUGUCAAGGACUACCAGACCCCAACCAAACUCCCGCUCAGCCUUCUGUGCCAGCAGAAAAAUGAGGAACCGAGCGGUUUAAUUAAGACUGGUGCACAGUCACCCCUCCUGUCGGUACGAAACCACCCUUCCUGUAUAAAGAGAUCUGUCUCAGAUGGAGGAUGUGCACAAAAGCAGGUGAAAAAGAGGUACCGCCACUGUCUGGUCCCGUUGAUGAUUCCCUCGCCCAGCUCCGGUCAGGAGUCCAGAGGCGCAGUGCUCUUCCGCAGUCAGCUCAAGACGGCAAGCAGCAUUGGGGAUGACGUGCCGUACACCCCUCCACCCAUGCUCAGCCCCGUGCGCCCGGGAUCAGGCCUCUUCAACGCCAUCAAUGGAAGAGCCAAGAGCAGCGGGGUCGAAUAUGCUGCAGAUGGGGCUGGUGAUUUGGAUGACUCUGGUGAGACUGCAAGGGAGAAAGUGGUUAAUGUAACACCCCGGAUAAAUGUUGGCGAGGAAUUUCAAGCAAAGAUCCCAGACAUUAAGAGUCAAACCCUCACAGAGGAAGAAUCCCAUAAUGCUGUUCUUUUGUGGUCGCCCACCCAAGACCUGGAUGCCCCUGAUAACCAGCAGAAAGUGGACAAUCUUUUGAAAAUGGCUUGGUCUAGUGUGCUACCAGGCGGUGGAGCAAACACAGAAUAUGUCCUGCACUGUCUUUUUGAGUGCAGAGGAGAUAUUAUGAAUACUCUUGAAAAGCUUCUCCUGCCAACACCGCCGAGAAACACAUCCAGCCCCAAAACAGACUAUCAUUAUGCAGGAUCAGACAGAUGGACGCUUCAGGAAAAACGCCAGCUGAACAAAGCACUUCUAAGUCAUCACAAAGAUUUCUUUCUUGUCCAGAAAAUGGUCAAGACAAAGUCAGUGUCUCAGUGUGUCGAAUACUAUUACACAUGGAAAAAGCGUUUGCGUUUGGGUACGAGAGUCAGUUCGGCUCUGUCUACACCUGUUCAAGACCCGCGGGGAGACUGGCUGAUAAACACCACCGCAGAAUCAAAAAAAGAAGCCAACAGCAAAACCAGGGAGCCUGAAAUAUCAGAAAACUCCAGUGCCGUGUUUGUCUGUGAAGUGUCAAACUCACAAAUGAAAGAAGAAAUGUGGACCCAGACCAAUCUCCGGCUGCUCUGUAGCUCUCCGGCCGAAAGCAGAACGUCCACGCUGACCCUGCCUUUGGGUUCGGCUUCUGUGAGGAGUUCUCCCUCCAGCACCACCAGCGGAGACACUGAUUCAGCCGUCGUCUUUCCCUGCAACGAGUGUGGAAAGGUGUUUUUAAAGGUGAAAAGUCGAAAUGCCCACAUGAAGACACACCGGCAGCAGGAAGACAUUCAGUUGUGGCAGCUGUCAAGGGUUCCUGAGCAAGAUCGUGUGAUGGCGACACCUGAAUCCCAUCCCGUUACACCACUAAAACCACCCAUGAACAUUCAUUCUUUAAAAUGUGACGUGAAAACAUCCAUAAAUGACAUGUGCAGUGAGUCAGUGCAGGAAAUGAAUUGUCCUCUGAAGACACUUCCUGUCCUGCAGAGUCCUCUGGACUAUAUUCCAAGUUAGAAGAUGAAUAAGUAAAUUCUUUUUAGACUAGAAUUUUCUCCUUCAUGUAAAUAGCACAGAUUUAUGUACAUUGAAACUAAGGCUAAGGCACAAUUUGUGUAAAAAGUAUGUAAUGUUCUUUGUUUUAUCUGAAACUGAUAUUCUAUUAUGUAUUAUCUGGUUUUGUAUCUUAUUUCUUUUGUAAUAAACCACUUUGUUUGUGUGAUUAUCAAACACUCAAAUUCACAACAGAUUAAA